GUGUGUGUGUGGCUGGCGUGUCACAACAGAAGGCUACAAGCGAGGAACAGGAGGAACAACCUCUAGCUUUUCUCAUAUCAGAGUCUGAUGUUCGGCUGAUGCAAAGCUGUUUAAUUUCCUAUUUUUCCAUGUUAGUUUGUUACGCUAUGCGCGCACGUGUAACUGAAUAUUAACUGAAUCGAUCAGUCUGACUGAUCAGUGACCAAUGUGAGCGGCUCUCUCUCUGGAUAUCAGCAGAUUCAAUGCAAACGAGAGCCGGAGGUGAUGAAGGAUCAGGGCCGAUGCUGCAGAGGAAGGAGUCGUUUUCUCUCCUCUCCACAUCAGAGAAGUGGCUCUUCAGUAGGAAGAAGAGGAAGCAGAGGAAGAGAGAUGCGGAUUCGCUCAGUCUGUGCAGCUUGGACAUCAAUGAGCCCAGCAGCAAGCGUGUGAAGCCUCUGUCUCGAGUGACGUCGCUGGCGAAUCUCCUUCCUCCAGUCAAAGCUGCUCCGCUCAAACGCAUCGGACAGACGCUGCAGCGCUCCAUCAGCUUCCGCAGCGACUGCAGGCCGGAGAUCACGGCUCCGCGGCCCUGGAGCAGGCAGAUCGCGCCGCCCAUCACCAAACGCCGCGACAGCAAGCUGUGGAGCGAGACCUUCGACCUGGGCCUGGGACAUAUGCUGUCCUCCAAAGAGAUCAAGAGACAAGAGGCUAUCUUUGAGCUGUCUCAGGGAGAACAGGACCUGAUUGAGGACUUGAAGCUGGCCAAGAAGGCGUAUCGUGACCCCAUGCUGAAGCUGUCUAUUAUGACCGAGCAUGAACUCAAUCAGAUUUUUGGCACGCUGGACUCCCUCAUUCCACUGCAUGAAGAUUUGCUGAGUCGACUCCGAGAGGCCAGAAAGCCGGACGGCUCGACUGAUCACGUGGGCCAUAUUCUAGUAGACUGGCUUCCUUGUCUUGAAACCUACAACAGCUACUGCAGUAACCAGGUGGCAGCCAAAGCACUGCUGGACCAUAAGAAGCAGGACCAUCGGGUGCACGACUUCCUCCAGCGCUGUCUGGAGUCGCCCUUCAGCCGCAAACUGGACCUCUGGAGCUUCCUGGACAUCCCUCGCAGUCGCCUGGUCAAAUACCCGCUGCUGCUGCGAGAGAUCCUCAAACACACGCCCAACGAGCACCCUGACCGCCAGCACCUCCAUCAAGCUAUUAACAUGAUCCAGAGCAUCGUGGCGGAUAUUAACACCCAGACGGGCGAGUCAGAGUGCCGCUACUAUAAAGAGCGCUUGCUGUAUCUGGAAAGCGGUCAGAGAGAUCUGCUGAUCGACAGCUCGCGGAUCCUCAGCUGCCACGGAGAGCUCAAGAACAACAGAGGAGCCAAGCUGCAUGUGUUCCUGUUUCAGGACGUGUUGGUGAUCACGCGGGCCAUCACCCAGAACGAGCAGCUGUGCUAUCAGCUUUACCGGCAGCCCAUCCCCGUCAGAGAUCUGGAGUGGGAAGACCUGCAGGACGGAGAGAUGCGCCUCGGAGGAUCCAUCAGAGGAGCCUUCAGCAACAACGAGCGCACCAAGAACUUUUUCCGGGUGGCUUUUCGCAGCGGAGGACAGCUGCAGACGCACUGCUUCCAGGCCAGCGACACCUUCAAUAAACAGCAGUGGCUCAACUGCAUUCGACAGGCCAAAGAAGCUGUGGGCUCUGAGGAGUCCGCGACAGAGACACAGACAGCAGCGCCGUGCUCAGACUGCAGCGUGAUGGACCUGACAGAACUAACCCUCACGCCUGUGAAAACAUGAGCCAUCCGGUUCAGUAUUGUGCUACAGAAAAGCAAGCACUUCUCUUGAGACUGACGCUGCUGUCCAUGGUUCUGUGUCAUUCUGUGCCUUGCUUUCACUGCGCUGUUGUUUGUGGCAGUCGUUCAGAAACUGAGCAUCUGGGUCCAGCGUUUCACUUUAAUCUCACUGUCUGCACCUGAAAAGCACUACUGUCUGCGCAUGAAAACAGUCACGUCGGUGUAAAAGGUGAAAUAUUGUUGAGGUGUUUCAUGUUUGUUCCGUAAUCACUAAUAAAAAAUGACCAGUCGAAUGUUUUCACGAGUAAAGGGCGAUCACAGUAUUUCUGAAUAAGGAAUAUAUAUAUAUAUGUAUAUAACUACUUCUGUCAAACGAUUAAUCGCAUACAAAAUAAAAGUUUUGUUUACAUAAUAUAUGUAUGUGUACUGUGUAUAUUUAUUAUGUAUAUAUAUAUAUAAAUACACACACAUGCAUGUAUAUAUUUUGAAAAUAUUUACACGUAUAUUCUUAUAUUUUAUAUUAUAUAUAAAUAUAUUUAAUAUAUAAACAACAUAUUUUUCUUAAAUACAUACAUGCAUGUGUUUGUAUUAUUAUACAUAAUAAAUAUACAGUACACGCAUAUAUUAUGUAAACAAAACUUUUAUUUUGGAUGCGAUUAAUCGUUUGACAGCACUAAAUAUUACACAUAUUCAUCUCAUAGAGCAUGUCUCAGCACACAGUCGAUGUCGGAUCCAAUGAUGAAUAUUAAAACUAUUGAAGAAUCCACAAACGAAUUCUUGUGAAGCACUUUGAAAGGAGCUCAGUUCUGUGAGACACUGUGGUGGAAAUAUCAGCUUUCUACAUAAACUCUUCUGUAGCAGCUUGUUGGAAAACACUGCAGCUAAACAGAAAGUCUCUUGUGCCACGCAGAUCAGCGCAAUCUCUGUCAUAGUGUUUUUGUGUGCGCCGAACCAACAACUUACGCUGUAAAGAGAGCAAUCUUUGCCCAAACGUGUCUGGUGGUUUUCAGUAUUGUGCAGUGCUCAGUUUAUAAAAGUCUUUUAUUCGGUUUCUUUUACAUUUUUUUUUUUUUCUCUUGAAAGUAUUGUAUUGAAAUGUAUGAUAUAAGAUGUUUAUUUAUAGUUUGUUUUUCUAUUUUGGUUGCUGUUGGAUUAAAAGGAAAUGAGAGGUUUUAUGUUGUAGAAAUGAGAAACGAUGAGAAAGGAAAGUGCGCAGGGCCAUAUGGAAGAGUUUGAAGGAAAACCGAGGUGGAAAUGCAUGUUUAAUACAUGAGAGAGACUGACGGUGUGUAACAAAACGGAAGAAAAUCAAAUAAACAUUUAAAAAACCUA